AUGUUCGAUGAGUUUUGUCAGCGCGAGGACAAAUAUGGCCUUGAACAAUAUUCUACCCAAACCGAGAAGGAAUAUCUCGCAUGGUUAGAGGAGCUGGCUCAGAAUAUCAAGUGCAACGUCGAAAUCAUAUACGGGACUGCUGGCAAAUGUUCAGGUGGACUUGGGCGAAUCGUUGUGUUCGCCAAACAUCCAGAAACCUUUUGCAGAGAUUGGCGCCCUUCGACGGCAAUCCUUCAAGACCGCUACUGUACUGCUGCCGCCAAGCUGAAUUGUGUGGAGAACUUUCCCAAUUUCUACCAAGACCGAGUGAGGCUAGAGAAGGUGAGGAUCGGAGAUCUCGCCAUCGACAUGCUGUUGUGUGAGCGAAUGGGGAACAGUGUGACCUUCGAGGAUCUUUCUCCUCAUUACCAGAAGUUCAUGCUGAGGAGGUUCAGUGUUCGUGACUAUGGAGAGUUGAUGAUUGUCUACGCAGAUGUGUUCGGCCUAACCGAAGACACACCAGGUGACGAUUACCCAGGAAUUGCUUCCAUGGCCCAUAGUCUUGUUAGCCGAGUUGCUACUUACAAGAAUGCCGAGAGAGGGAACAACAGUAGUGAUGACGGUGGUAAGGAGUUGGUAUCGAGCCUUGGAUCGUGCGCAUCAAUGGCGAAGUAA